AUGUCUGAUUUUGAGGAUUUCAGCAAGCCGGGGGGGCAGGCGAAUUCGUCCGAGACCUACCAGCUGAACGCCACCAGCGUGAUCGUGUCGGUGGUCUUCUCCCUCAUCUUCCUGCUGGGCACCGUCGGCAACAGCCUGGUGCUGGCCGUGCUGCUGCGGAGCGGCCAGGUCGGAUACAACACCACCAACCUCUUCAUCCUCAACCUGAGCGUGGCCGACUUCUUCUUCAUCAUCUUCUGCGUCCCUUUCCAAGCCACCAUCUACUCCCUGGAGGGAUGGGUGUUCGGCUCCUUCAUGUGCAAGGUGGUGCACUUCUUCAUCAACCUCACCAUGUACGCCAGCAGCUUCACGCUCGCCGCCGUCUCUGUUGACAGGUAUCUGGCCAUUCGCUACCCACUCCGCUCCAGAGAACUACGAACCCCUUGUAACGCGGUGGUUGCCAUGGUGAUCAUCUGGGGUCUCUCGCUGGUUUUUGCCGGUCCGUACCUCAGCUACUACGACCUGAUCGACUUCGCCAACAGUACCGUUUGCAUCCCGGGCUGGGAGGAGCAGAACCGGAAGGUGCUGGACACGUGCACCUUCCUGGUCGGCUACGUCAUCCCCGUGCUCAUCGUGAGCCUCUCGUACACCCGGACCAUCAAGUACCUGUGGACGGCCGUCGACCCUCUGGACGGCAUGUCGGAGUCCAAGAGGGCCAAACGCAAAGUCACCAAAAUGAUCAUCAUCGUCACCGUGCUCUUCUGCAUAUGCUGGCUGCCGUACCACGUGGUGAUCCUGUGCUACCUCUACGGGGACUUCCCCUUCAAUCAGACCACGUACGCCUUCAGGCUUCUCUCUCACUGCAUGGCCUACGCCAACUCCUGCGUCAACCCCAUCGUGUACGCUCUGGUGUCCAAGCACUUUCGCAAAGGCUUUAAGAAAGUGUUCAGCUGCAUCCUCAGCAAAAACGGGAGGAAUAAGGUCCACGUGGUGCACGUGGCCAACACCGUGCCCGGGUUUGAGGCGGGCUCCACGGAGGUGUCACACAUGCACGAGGAGAACAUACGACAGAAUGAAUGUGAGAUGAUAAACAGGCCGAUCGCGGAGCCAAGAGAGGCCACGGUGACGCUGAAUCUGCCCUUUCAGCGGCAGACUUGA